AUGAGUCCCAAACAUGUAGUGAAAUUUCGAAAAAGAAAGAGCCAGGGGGAAGGAGGAAGAGAUCAGAAGUGUGAAGAGCCACACGAGUCUCCCAAGAGAGUGAAACAAGAACUCUAUGAAAAAGAGCCUGCUCAUCAAGAAUCUGGAAAUCGUCAGGCAAUGAAUCCCAUGGCAAAGGGUCCAUUGCACCCAAAUAAACAAGACAAGGUCAGAAACCCUGAAGAGGAGGAUGUCAUUGAGGUGAAAUAUGUGGGUGCUGGCAAGAGUCGCAAGCGCACUUACUCCAACAUACAGGACAGAGUUGAGAAACAGCACAAUGAAAAGUGCAGAAGGUUGUCCCACCAUCUUCAACCCUGCGAUCCUGUCCACUCUGGCCCGCCCAGCACUCACACAAGACCUGCUGACAACCUGAAGAACAUCAAAGGCUGCAUGGAAGAACAUAUUCAUGGCUGUGAAACAACUCAGUUCCAGCCAAAUCAAUUCAGACAUCCUGUCAGAAGACACCAUUCACCAGUCACAACUGAAAAGAGCUAUUCACCAGAGACACAUUUUGAAACAAAAAAGACAGGUGGAAUUAAUUUUGAAAACAAGAGAACUAGACACCACCCCCAGCCUGACAUUCUGGGAGGAGCUCAGGCCCCAAACUCCAAAAAUAGUGACACCAGUGGCAUCUUCCACAAGAACAAGUUAACACCUGAGGCCGAGGAGGAGCCUUUUGAGGAGCAAGAGAAGGGCAGUAGCCAAGACCAUGGCCCUGAUGUAACACCUGACAUGGAGCAGGAAAUCAUGAAUGCACUCGGUCCAGGGCCACAAGAGGACAUCUUAAGCAGUGCAUUUAAACUGAACAUCACCAGAGGAGACAUGCAGACUCUAUGGGAAAGCCAGUGGCUCAAUGAUGACAUCAUAAAUUUUUACAUGAACCUACUCUCACACAGGAGCAAAUCACCAGGCUAUGCCUCACUUCACACCUUUAAUACAUUCUUCUAUACGAAACUCAAGUGUGGGGGAUACAGGUCUGUGAAAAAGUGGACCCGGGCCGUGAAUAUCUUUGAAAAGGACAUUGUCCUCGUGCCGGUACAUCUUCAUGUCCACUGGAGUCUUGUGGUCAUAGACCUACGAAAGAAGACCGUUGUCUACUGGGAUUCCAUGGGACUCAAAAGAACAGAUGUCCUGGGAUUGAUUUUCCAGUACCUGCAAGAAGAAAGCAAAGCAAAAAGGAAUAUAGAUCUGGACCCCUCGGAGUGGAAGCAAUACUGCAUGUCAGCAGAGGAGAUUCCCCUGCAGUUGAAUACGAACGAUUGUGGAGUGUUUACCUGUAAAUAUGCAGACUAUAUUUCGAGAGGCCAACCCAUAAACUUUUCUCAGCAGCAUGUGCCUCUGUUUAGGAAGAAGAUGGUGUGGGAAAUCCUGCAUAAGCGCUUACUGUAA